AUGCAGCUGCGUGCAAGGCCAGGCCCAGUCCUGCGCACCAACUUACAUGCUAGGGCUCCUAGGCAAGUACGACAAGUACCACAGAUCCUUUGGGGAAGCGCUCGGUCGAUCCAGGGAUGUUGCCCCUGGGGCUUGUGUGGACGCGUGGUCGCCUCGAUAGCUUGCGGCCUUGAAAGCGCCAAGCGCUCAAAGAGCCGUUUGUGUUCGGUACAAGCUGUUGCGGUCAGCAAUGCUGCUUCACGCCAGGAAGAGUUGGAGACUCGUCUAGCACAAUUUCGGGAAGAGUUGAUUGGCAGAGAUAUACAAGCCUACAUAGUUCCGACAGAUGACGCACAUAUGUCGGAAGUUCCACCUGAUUGCUUUGCUCGACGAAAAUUCCUGACAGGCUUCUCAGGAUCCGCCGGAACUGCCCUUGUCACCAGACACGAGGCAAAGCUAUGGACAGAUGGGCGGUAUUUCAUACAAGCCAAGAUGGAGUUGAGCAGUUCAUGGCAAUUGAUGAAAUCUGGAAUUCAGGGCACUCCUGACAUAGAUGACUGGCUAAUUCAGAACCUGCAAAAGGGAGAUGUGGUGGGCAUUGAUCCGACAGUACAUGCUGCCCUGCCUGCCGUGGAAUUGCAGAGUAAGCUACAAAAGGCGGGCAUAAACUUGCGCAGCCUUCAGCCGAACCUGGUGGAUCAGAUAUGGAAAGCUGACAGAAGCCGGCCCACCAGCCAGGUGCGAUUGCACCCUCAGCACUAUUCAGGCUCUGACACAGGGGAGAAACUCGCACGUGUGAGAGAGAAGAUGGUCGAAAAUGAGGCUGAUGUCUUCCUGGUGACGGCUUUAGACGAAGUAGGGUAUCUCUUCAACAUCCGUGGCAAUGAUGUCAGGCACACUCCAGUUGUUCUAGCUUUUGCUCUUGUGGACAUGGACGGGGCCUGCAUCUUCAUUGAUGAGGGAAAACUGACUGCAGAGGUACGAAGGCAUUUGGAAAACUACAACAUCGCCAUCUAUCCGUACACCUCCUUUGACGAAGCUGUCGCUGAAAGAGCACAGCGUGGGAAGCGAGUGUGGAUGGACACAAAGCGCUCCAACUAUUCGCUUUUCUUGGCAAGUGGCAGGGAAGGGCCAACAGUGACUAAACGAUCACCGGUUGCGGAGCUUCAAGCACGCAAGAACAGAGCCGAGAUACAGGGCAUGGUGGAGGCCCAUCGCCGCGACGGUGCCGCACUUUGUUCCGCCUUCGCACAGCUGGAGCGCAUGGUCAACAGCGGUGAACUUGUGACGGAGAUCGAUGUGGAUCGAGCAGUGACAGCUGCGCGCUCUACAGAGUUUGGCUACCUGGACAAUUCAUUCGAUACCAUCGCUGGCUAUGGGCCCAAUGCUGCCAUUAUUCACUACGUGGCCCAGGCAGAAUCUGCCUCAGCGGUUGGAACAGACUCCAUGCUGCUGCUCGACUCCGGUGCACAGUACGCCGACGGGACGACUGAUGUGACUCGGACUCUGAAAUUCGGCAUGCCGACGCACGAAGAGCGCAUGUUAUUCACUCGUGUUCUUAAAGCACACAUAGGCCUUGCAACAGCAACAUUCCCUGCUGAUGUUCCUUGCUUCGUGUUGGAUGCAUAUGCACGUCGACCUUUGUGGGAGGUCGCCGCUGAUUAUCGACAUGGCACUGGGCACGGCGUAGGGGCGGCAUUGGCUGUUCAUGAGAUUCCCCCGUACAUUGGCCAGCGAUUUGAGAAUCGCGAUCCUUUGCAGGCGGGAAUGAUUGUCAGCAAUGAGCCAGGGCUCUAUCUUGAGGGGCGCUUUGGAAUCCGAAUCGAGAAUCUCAUGCUUGUGGUGAAGAAGGCCAUGGACAAGGAUGGCAGAAGCUACCUGGGCCUGCGACCGAUAACUGUGGUUCCAAUACAGAGGAACCUCAUUGACACAUCACUCCUCUCCAACGCAGAGCUCUCCUACCUGAACGCAUACCACAAGCGCGUGGCAGAUGAGCUGACCCCAAUCCUCUUGAAGCGUGGCGACGCAGAGGCCUUGCAAUUGCUUCGCCGCGACACAGCUGAGAUUCAGCGAGCAGAUAGUGUCUGCUGGGAUGACAUUCACGCUCGGGAAGCGGCUGGGGCUGCGGUCAUGGACGAUUCCGAAAAUGAUCGGGCCAGAAUGGUCUGA